AUGUCGAAACCGCCAAGGUCCAUUCCUAAGUCCUGGACAUCAACCCUCAAACUCCCCAAAUCGGCCUUCCCCCCGCGCGUGUCGCCGGCCGACCAGAAAAAAUACCUCAAACGAUGCACCGAUGAGCUGUACGCAUGGCAGCGCCAGGAACGACCUGCAGACCAACCCUUCGUCCUCCACGAUGGCCCACCUUAUGCGAAUGGCGAUUUGCAUAUCGGCCACGCGCUCAACAAAAUCCUGAAGGACAUCAUAUGUCGUUUCCAAUUGGGACAGGGCAAGCGGGUGCGAUAUGUUCCCGGCUGGGAUUGCCACGGCUUGCCCAUUGAGCUGAAGGCGCUGCAAGGUCUGCGCGAGAUGGGUGUGGCAGAUAAAUCGGUCAGUGCGGCGGUUAUCCGUAAGUCGGCACGACAGCUUGCCAGGCAAACAGUCAAGGACCAGAUGAAGGGAUUCCGCGGGUUCGGAGUCAUGGCUGAUUGGGAUAAUCACUGGAAGACCUUGGACAAAUCGUUUGAGAUGCGGCAGCUGGGUAUCUUUCGGGAGAUGGUAGAUCGGGGCCUCAUCUAUCGAAAGUUCAAGCCGGUGUAUUGGUCGCCGUCUACAGGGACGGCACUGGCGGAGGCUGAGUUGGAAUACAAGGAUGACCAUGUCUCAACCGCUGCGCUCGUCAAGUUCCCCCUGGUGAACAUCCCCGGACAUCUCGCACAGGACCCAUUGCUUCAAUCGAAAGAUGUGAGCGCGGUCAUCUGGACUACCACCCCAUGGACCCUGCCUGCCAACGCGGCAAUUGCCGUCAGCGAAGGCCUGGAGUACACCAUCGUUAAUUCGGAAACGCACGGAUACCUUCUUGUGGCACAGUCGCGAGUUGAGUAUCUUCAGCAUAUGUUAAACGAGGAUUUGGAUAUCAUUGUGCCAUCGAUUCUUGGAUCGGAAUUGGCGGAGAAGACUACCUACCGAGCUCUUUUCAAGGGCUCGGAGGCUGAACCUCAGCCGAUCAUCAGUGCGCCCUUUGUUACUGCAGAUUCUGGAUCUGGAUUGGUUCACUGCGCACCUGGUCACGGUAUGGACGACUACGAGGCCUGUCUUGCUCGUGGCAUUGAGGUCUUUGCACCCGUCAAUGAUGACGGCAAAUUUACCGAAAAGGCCAUGCCUCAUGACCCUGCUCGCUUAACUGGAAAGUCGGUGCUCGGAGAGGGCAAUGAUGCUGUUCUAGAAUAUGCUCAGUCACAAGGCCAACUCCUCGCUCAGCACCGUUACGAUCACAAGUACCCAUACGACUGGCGUUCUAAGCAGCCAAUCAUCAUCCGGGCCACUGAACAAUGGUUCGCUGAUGUGGCCGAUAUUCGCAGCAGUGCACUCAAAGCGCUCGAGGAUGUCCAAUUCGUCCCCGAGGCUGGCAAGCACCGACUGGAGAACUUCGUAAAGAACCGCAGCGAAUGGUGCAUUUCGCGCCAACGGGCCUGGGGUGUACCGAUUCCUGCUAUCUACCACCGACCCACUGGUGAGGCGGUCCUGACCAAGGAAAGCGUGUCACAUAUAAUGCAAACCAUUGAGGAACGAGGCAUUGACGCCUGGUGGACCGAUAGCGCUGAUGACCCGGCCUGGAUUCCAUCAUCGCUGCGAAAUGACUCUGGAGGCUAUCGACGGGGCACGGAUACAAUGGAUGUCUGGUUCGAUAGUGGCACAAGUUGGUCGGAGAUUGACGUUCCCAUGGAAGGACGCAGCCACCCUGCAGAUGUCUAUCUUGAAGGAAGCGACCAGCAUCGUGGCUGGUUCCAAUCGGGUCUCUUGACUUAUAUUGCCCACCAGCUCGCAUCUGGCAAGACUGGCGUGCCUCGUGCACCUUUCCGCAACCUUAUCACCCACGGUUUUACUCUGGAUGAACAUGGUCGCAAGAUGAGCAAGUCUAUUGGCAACACCAUCGCGCCCCAGACCAUUAUGGAUGGAACACUCUUGCCCCCUCUCAAGCCACGCAAGGGUAAAGGCAAGAAUCAGGCUGAGAAUCAAGGUCCGGCCUACGAUGCCUUGGGCGCUGAUGCUCUUCGCAUGUGGGCAGCUAGUAGUGACUACACCCGUGAUGUCGUGAUUGGCAAACAGGUUCUUCAGACCGUUCACACCAGUCUCCACAAGUUCCGGGUUACAUUCAAACUCCUCCUCGGCGCGCUGGCCGAUUUCCAGCCAGAACGCGUGGUGCCAUACAUGCAGUUGCAACAGGUAGAUCGAAUUGCCCUUAAACACUUGUCGGACAUGGUCCUUGCAUCCCGCAAGUCCUGUGAGAACUUUGAGUUCUACAAGGCUGUUAGCAUAAUGAACCGCUGGGCCAACCUUGAGUUCUCCGCCUUUUACAUGGAGGCCAUUAAGGAUCGACUUUACACCCUGGGCGAGAACAGCACUAGUCGGCGGGCGGCGCAGAGCACCCUCUUCUACAUCUAUCACCACCUUCAAGAAGUCCUUGGUCCCAUUACCCCCCUACUGGUGGAGGAGACCUGGGAGCACACCCCUAACGCCAUCAAGUCGGUCAGCGAGCACCCCUUACGACGCAUCACCUCUGCCCCCGCGUCCGAAUGGCAGGAUUCCUCUCUAAAUGAGAAUUACCUGGAGAUUAUUGCAGUGCACUCGGUGAUCAAGAACCUGCAAGAGCAGGCUCGCGGAAAGAAGCAACUUGGGUCGUCCUUGCAAUCAUUCGUGCACGUGGUCCUCCCUGGUGACACAAGUACUGUAUUCCACCAAUACCUCUCCGAACUACCCGAUCUCUUUGUCGUCUCAUCGGUCACCCUCGGUCACCCUGGCGACUCGGUCCCAGCCGAGAUUUCGCAGGCUGAGUGGCAAUAUGAGGAAGCUUGUGAGCUACCUGAUGGACAGGGGCGGGUGUAUGUCUAUGCACCCCAGGCCUCUAAGUGUAAUCGGUGCUGGCGAUACGCAGUACCCGAGAUGGAAGCCGAGAAUGCGAUCUGCGACCGGUGUGAAAGCGUAUUGGACGAGCUUGAGGCAUCCGCAUAA